AUGAAUGGCGUCUUCCGGCCCUUCUCAGCCGCCCGAUCCCCCGUCAGAAUGAUACGAUCGACCAUAUCCGCCGCUGUCUCACCCCCGACGUCAUGUCCAUCAGGUCAGCCCUCUUCCAUUUCUGUCGCCUUCGCAUUCAUCAGGCCUCUCUCGUCCUCCCUCGCGCCGGAACCCAAUUCCCGACCCGACCCGCCUCCGACGUCGGCCACCGACCUCCCUUCCCAGCUGUUCUCCCUCCUGUGCCAGCCGAAUUGGCAGAAACACCCUUCGUUGAGAAAAUUAAUCCCAGCUGUAUGCCCUUCUCUGUUCUCCUCCGUGCUCGCUCAGCACCCCAACCUCAAUCCUCAAACCGCCCUCCAUUUUUUCGAUAUCCUGUCCCGGGCCCCCACUUUCAAGCCCAGUGUUCAGGCCUACGAUUCGCUUUUACGCUUGUUAGUGAGGAACAGGUUGUAUGCGGAUGCGGAUAAAAUCAGGAUUCUCAUGGUCAAAUCGUGUGAGGUGGCGGAGAGUGUGGGCUUCGUGUUGGGAGUUCUGCGAGAGAUGAACCGUGGCCGUGAUGGUGACUUCAGGUUUAAGCUUAGUCUUCGGUCUUAUAACGUGCUCUUGAUGUCGCUGGCGAGGUUUGAGAUGGUCGGCGACAUGGAAUCUGUUUAUAAGGAUAUGUUGGAUGAUAAGUUAUCUCCAAAUAUAUAUACAUUUAAUUCGAUGAUCAAUGCUUAUUGUAAAUUGGGUGAUAUCCGAAAAGCCCAUUAUUAUUUAGGCAAGAUUCUGACGGCUGGUUUGAGGCCGGACACACAUACUUUCACCUCAUUUAUUUUAGGGCAUUGUAGGAAUAAGAAUGUCGAUAGAGCUUAUGAGAUUUUCAGGAAAAUGCAGCAAAAUGGUUGUCGAUGGAAUGAGGUCUCGUAUAAUAUUUUGAUACAUGGGUUGUGCGAAGUUGAGAGGGUGGAUGAGGCAAAGAGGCUGUUUUUACAAAUGGGAGAUGGUAAUUGUUCUCCAAAUGUCAGAACCUACACGAUUUUGAUCGAUGCUUUGUGUGGUUUGGAUAGGAGGUUAGAGGCUUUGGCCCUGCUUGAGGAGAUGAAGAAGAAGGGUUGUGAGCCAAAUGUUCACACUUAUACUGUAGUUAUUGAUAGUAUGUGUAAAGGUGGAAUGCUUGAUAAAGCAAGAAAACUGUUGUUAGCAAUGCUUGGUAAAGGAUUAGUUCCUAAUGUAGUGACUUACAAUGCUUUGAUCAUUGGGUACUGUAAGAAGGGAAUGAUUGAGGCUGCUUUUGAGGUAUUUGAUCUGAUGGAAUCGAAAAAAUGUAGUCCGAAUGUGCGUACUUAUAACGAGUUGAUCUCUGGAUUCUGCAGGGUAAAGAAAGUGCACAAGGCGAUGGCACUUCUUAGUAAGAUGCUAGAGCAGAAGCUUCCUCCUGAUCAAGUCACGUUUAACCUUUUAGUAUGCGGACAUUGUAAAGAAGGUGACACAGAGAAUGCUCUUCGCCUCCUCAGGCUAAUGGAAGACUACAAUGUAGUUCCUGAUCCUUUAACCUAUGGUCCUGUUAUCAAUGCAUUAUGUGAAAAAAGGAGCGUUGAUAAGGCAUAUGCUGUGUUUAACUCCUUCAAAGAGAAGGGUGUGAAGGUGAAUGAAGUUAUUUAUACUGCUCUGAUUGAUGGAUACUGCAAUGUGGAGAAAGUAGACUUUGCCCUACAGCUGUUUGAAAGCAUGCUUGUUGAGGACUGCCCCCCGAACACGUACACUUACAAUGUGCUGAUUAAUGGGUUGUGCAAAGUGAAAAAUUUACCGGAGGCGUCAAAGCUUAUGGAGAAGAUGUUAAAGGAUGGCAUGAAACCCACUGUUGUUACCUACUCAAUUAUCAUUGAGCUGAUGUUGAAAGAAUUUGAAUUCGAAAGCGCUUAUAGAAUUCUAAACCUUAUGGUUUCUCUGGGAUGUAAACCGGAUGUCUGCACGUACACAUCUUUCCUUCUCGCUUAUUGCAACCAAGGGAUGUUGAAAGAAGCUGAGGAUGUCAUGUCCAAAAUGAAAGAAGAAGGCGUGAGACCUGAUUUGAUGGCCUACACAGUCCUAAUCGAUGGAUAUGGACGUCAAGGUCAUCUAAAUCUCGCCUUUGAUACCUUCAAAUCUAUGGUUAGUGCCGGGUACGAACCAUCUCAUUACACCUAUUCUGUUCUAAUUAAACAUCUCUCGCAUGAGAAGCUAAUCAAUGAAGACAGUGGCAGAGCAGGGCUCGGUCUGAAGCCAAUUAAUAUUGCCGAUGUCUGGAAAAUAAUGGAACAUGGUACAGCUCUUGACCUCUUUGAGAAAAUGAAAGAUUGUGGUGUUGCACCGGAUGUAAACACUUACAGUGCGCUCAUCACGGGACUUUGCAGAGAGAGACGCAUCGAAGAAGCCUGGAGGUUGGUUGAUCAUUUGAAAGAGUGUGGAAUGUCCCCGAAUGAAGAAAUUUAUAACAAAUUAGUUGAUUGUUGCUGUAGCAUGAAAAUGUUCGAGGAAGCUAUAAAUUCGAUUAAUGACAUGCUAAAGCAUGGCUAUUUACCUCAAUUAGAGUGCUAUAAGCUGCUUGUUUGCGGGUUAUAUGGCAAGGGAAAUGCUGAGAUGGCCAAGGCAACCUUCCGUAGACUGCUUCAAUGUGAUUACAAUUAUGAUGAAGUGGCUUGGAAAGUUCUGAUUGAUGGCUUGCUGAGCCGGGGCUUUGUGGAUGAAUGCUCUGAGCUGAUGCUGGAAUCAUGGAAGUUAGCAAAUUCUGCACUGACAAGUUACGUUCACGAGCAAGCAUUAUACUCAUGUGAUGCCAUACACGAGGGGAGGAGAAUAUUAUUGAGGCAGGACAUUGGAAGGAUGGUUCUCUUCAUCGCUUAUCCAUCAAGUUUAUUGGCUCCUACUAUUCAGGAUCCAAACGAUCCGACUGUUGUGUUUUUCUGGGAGGGAAUGGACCGUCUUUGCUGCCUUAUUGCAAUUUGCAGCCAUUAG